UUUAUUUAAGAAGCCAAGAAGCCAUAGCUGAAGCUCAUAGAUCCCACUCAACUCAAGGAUCCUGAAGUGAAGAAGCAGAGAUGGUUCCUUCUUCUUCCUCCUCCUUAGCUUUGAUUUUCUUCGCCCUCUUUCUUCUCUCGGCCAUUGGGAAUGGCCAAAACUCCUCUGAUCUUGUGAUGGAUUUCUACAAGGAGUCCUGCCCUCAGGCGGAGGACAUUAUCAGGGAACAGGUGAAGCUUCUCUACAAGCGCCAUAAGAACACAGCGUUCUCCUGGCUCAGGAACAUCUUCCAUGACUGCGCUGUGCAGUCUUGCGACGCCUCCCUGCUUCUGGACUCCACAAGAAAGACGCUGUCGGAGAAGGAGACGGACCGGAGCUUCGGCAUGAGGAAUUUCAGAUAUCUGGAAGAAAUUAAGGACGCAGUGGAGAGGGAGUGUCCUGGCGUCGUUUCCUGCGCUGAUAUAUUGGUCCUCUCCGCCAGAGAUGGCAUCGUUUCGGUUGGUGGGCCGUUCAUUCCGUUGAAGACGGGGAGGAGAGAUGGGAGGAAGAGCAGAUCGGAGGUGGUGGAGCAGUAUUUGCCGGACCAUAAUGAGAGCAUCUCUUCUGUUUUGGAUAAGUUUGCAGAUAUGGGCAUCGACGCCCCUGGAGUUGUUGCUCUUCUCGGGGCCCACAGCGUGGGCCGAACCCAUUGUGUGAAGUUGGUGCACCGGCUGUACCCUGAGGUCGACCCGGCCUUAAACCCGGACCAUGUACCGCACAUGCUGAAGAAAUGCUACGACCCGAUCCCCGACCCGAAGGCGGUCCAGUAUGUAAGGAACGAUCGCGGCACUCCCAUGAAGCUGGACAACAACUACUACAAUAACAUUUUGGAUAACAAGGGCUUGUUGAUGGUGGACCAUGAGCUGGCCCAUGACCCGCGAACCCGACCCUAUGUGAAGAAGAUGGCCAAGAGUCAGGACUACUUCUUCCUGCAUUUCGCGCGGGCGAUCACCCUCCUGUCCGAGAACAACCCGCUCACCGGCGAUCAAGGAGAAAUUCGCCGCCACUGCAAUGUGGCCAAUAAGAACCAUUCUGAAGAGUGAUUGGUGGUGUUGUGGGGUUAAUAAUAAGCUUGCUUUUUUGCUUUUGAGAGCUGAUUUGGUGUGUAGGUGUUGGUUGGGGUUUAUUAAUUGGCUUCUUCCAGAGCUAAGAUGUGAAUGUAUUAGGUGUAUGUGAUGGACGGUGGUGAUGUUGUUACUGUUUUUGAAUGAAUGGUUGGAUGUAUCCGUGCUUCUUCGUGUUAUCCGAGAGUUGCUUAAUAUGAUUUCAUGUCUAUGAAAAUGGUUUUCAUAUAGUUGUUAGUACCUCA